AUCCAACGGCAAACUCUCCACCUCCAGCCCAAAUCUAAAUCUCAACCCUCCAUUCAGAUCCAUAUACAACCCAUUAACACCAAAAGAUUAUCAUCACCAUCAUCGUCCAUCCUGCUCUCUCCCUUCUUUCUUUCUUUUCUUCUCAGAUCUUGCCAUUCUUUCUCUCUCUGCGCGCCUACAUUUUAGUGAGAGUAAAUUUUAGUUCAGUGCCCGUUUUGCCCUUGGACCAUACACAAUGGUAGAGGCACAAACAUGGGCAACAAGGAGAAUGAGCAAUCCAAGAAUGGAUGCAAACUCAGUUACCACCGCAACUGACCAAGUUCUUGAUAUUCCGGCAACCCCACCUGGCGAUGUACGUAACAAUGCUUAUAACUCCACCGUCGGAUCAUACUUCUCUCCUACUGUUUUGACGGCCAUGAUCAUUGCUUCUUGGUACUUGUCCAACAUUGGUGUCCUGCUUCUGAAUAAGUACCUACUCAGUUUUUAUGGCUACCGUUACCCAAUAUUCUUGACAAUGUUGCAUAUGAUAUCUUGCGCUUGUUACAGCUAUGUAGCUAUUAAGUUUCUCGAAAUAGUCCCAUUACAGCAUAUUUUAUCAAGAAAGCAGUUUUUAAAGAUCUUUGCUUUAAGUGCAAUUUUUUGUUUUUCUGUUGUCUGUGGGAAUACUUCUUUAAGGUAUUUACCAGUUUCUUUUAAUCAAGCUAUUGGAGCAACAACGCCAUUCUUUACUGCAAUUUUUGCAUUCUUGAUUACUUGUAAGAAAGAAUCAGCUGAGGUUUAUUGUGCCCUUUUGCCUGUUGUUUUUGGGAUUGUUUUGGCUAGUAACAGUGAACCCUUAUUUCAUCUAUUUGGUUUCUUGGUUUGUGUUGGUUCAACUGCUGGACGUGCUCUGAAAUCUGUUGUUCAAGGGAUUUUGUUAACAUCAGAAGCUGAGAAGUUACAUUCUAUGAAUUUGCUGCUGUAUAUGGCACCUAUGGCUGCUUUGAUUUUGUUGCCAUUUACUCUUUACAUUGAAGGAAAUGUAGCUGCAAAUACUAUUGAGAAAGCUAAAGGGGAUCCUUUUAUUGUGUUCUUGUUGAUUGGGAAUGCAACUGUGGCUUAUUUGGUGAAUUUGACAAAUUUUUUGGUGACAAAACAUACGAGUGCUUUGACUCUGCAAGUUCUUGGUAACGCUAAGGCUGCUGUUGCUGCUGUUGUUUCCGUCUUGAUCUUCAGGAAUCCGGUGACUGUGAUGGGAAUGACUGGAUUCGCAGUUACGAUCAUGGGAGUAGUGCUUUACAGUGAGGCAAAGAAGAGAUCCAAGGUUACAACUCAUUGAAAGGAAAAGAGAACCAAAAAAAAAAAGAUUCAUUAUGAUGAUUGCCAUAAACACUGGUGCGGGCUCUUUCUUCUCCUUUUGCUUUAUUAUUACUUUCGCUUUAAUGUUCCAAUUUCAACUAGACUUUUGAAUGGAAGGGAAAGAAGGGAAUUUGGAUCAAAUUGGACUGUACAGUACAGUGGAACAAAAGGGAAAGGGUUAUGCUCUUUUCCUCCUUUUUUUUUUUUUUUUGGCUUUGAAUUGUUACUGUUGGGUUGGUUAUAGAAAAUGAAAUUCUCUAUAACUUCUCCCACUUUGUAACCUUAUAUAUUGAAUUCGAUGCAAUUGAAACACAAAAUGAACUGAUAUCGAUAUUGAUGAUA